ACACUACUACAGUAAGAAUGUUACAGAUGAAAAAUCGUAUGAAAUAUUGCUCUGUCGCAAUCGCUGCGAACAGACUGGUUUCUGGACCGAUAAAGAACCCUGUUGUCUUUAUGGACAUUGCAGCUGACGGAGAGUUCAUUGGAAGAAUUAUUAUUGAGCUCUAUGCUGACGUUGUACCCAAAACAGCUGCAAAUUUCCGGGCCCUUUGUACAGGAGAGCAUGGCUUUGGAUAUAAGGGCUCAGUAUUCCACAGAAUCAUCCCUGAGUUCAUGUGUCAGGGUGGAGAUUUCACUAAUCAUAAUGGCACUGGUGGAAAAUCUAUUUAUGGAAAGACAUUUAAUGAUGAGAAUUUCAAGCUGAAACACACCGGACCAGGUGUUCUAUCUAUGGCCAACUCUGGGCCAAACACAAAUGGAUCCCAGUUUUUCAUCUGCACUACAAAAACAGAAUGGCUCGAUGGCAAACACGUUGUUUUUGGGCAGGUCAAAGAGGGAAUGGAGACGGUCUCUGUGAUGGAGUCCUGCGGUCUACAUGAUGGAGGAACUUUAAAGAAGAUUGUCAUCACAGACUGUGGAGAACUCAAGUAACUAAGGAUGUGCAUUCAUUUCAAUGUGAUCGAAGGGUUUCACAACAAAACUGCUUAUGCAUGUAAUUUAUAGUAAAUUAUUUAAUAUAGAUUUUUUUAUUAUUAUGAUUAUUUUAACGUGUCAGUCUAUGGAUCCAUUGAGGUGUUUUAUGCUUACUAAGUAAGCAAAUGAUGUAUGGUGAUUACUUACAAAUCUUGCUUGUGGAUCAAAUGCCAUGGGCCAUAAGGAAAUUUAUACUGUUAAAGCCUUUUUUUUUUAUUUGGAUAAAAGCUAUACAGAGAUUGUUUACCUUCUGAGAACUGUGACAGAGAAACCCCAGGAGGUUUUUUUAAAUAAAUAUAUUAUACAUGACAUAUGGAAUUUCUUCCAGGAUAUUUGCAUCCUGUGCCCAAUUUUUUUUAUUUUUAAUGUCUCAAGGCUGUUUUCCAGACGAGGACUUGCUACAACUGCAGCAGUAUAUCUGGUUGAGUGGCAUGCUUUUUAAAUCUUCUUGAGAAUGAUCCUAAACCUUUUUUUAGAAUUUCAAGCGACAAGAUUUCCUGUCCCCCUAAAGCAGGAUAUGGCAUCCUGUUUGGCUCUGAAAAUUCUCCACCUCCAACGGUAAACUUUCAGCAAGAGUCUUCUGAACAUCUUCAGACAAUAGUUGUGGAGACAGUCGAGAAUACGAGUUUGUCAGACAUGUUCCAUUAUAACUGCAGCCAGAUGACAUUCACAAACCCUGAAAUGAAAAUGAGCAGUCCGUUUUAGACGGUGUGUAGGUGUAGCUUAUCACAGUAAUGCCUUAUGAAAGUAAAUUAUGAACCUUUGUGGAAAACACUGCUCUUUCCUAAAUGAAACCAUAUGGGGUCUGAACUCACAAAUGGUUUGUUUGACUUCUCCGAUUGCAGUGUUGCUAUGGAGACAUUCUCAGUCCCGCUCUGUUUAAGUCUGCAUUGUUGCAACAAACUUGAUAUAAUUUGGGCCUCCACCCUCUAGUGAAGUUUAAGGGAUUUGGAAUGUGUUGGCCAAUUACUUAAAGUUGGCUUCAAGAGAAAAGCCAGCGUCAUCGCCAAGUCCUGAUGUUCACAUACAGCGCUCAUGUGUUUACAAUCAUUACAAGUAAUUAGGCUGAGUGAAAAAAAUACACAUCUUUGUCUUCAAGCCUGUGCUGUUGCGAUGACCAGGCGAACGCUGAACUGAAAGAAACACUCUUCGGGGCUGUUCAACUGUAAAUGAAUGUGAUGUCAGAAUGACAACAGUUCCCUAAGGCUUCAGACUAUGGUUUUCAAUUACACAAGCAUCAUUCCCAAGGACCAUAUCUAAAUAAUUAAUCAGUCCAUACCGCCUUCAGCGUGACUGAUUUAAAAUGGAUACAAUUACCCAACACUCAGACACGGGCCAGAGAACAUGUUGAAAUCCAAAAACAGGCUGUAUGUAUAUUUGGCACAGAUUGAACAGUAAUAUAUAUCAUUGAGUGCUAUUAGAAAAAAAUGAAACGGAGUCAUGAUUCACAUAGGCAAUGUUUUAAUCGGACAAACUUCUAAAAGCACAGUCUUCAGUUUUCCUAACUAACAAAUAAGGCACAUAUCGGAAUGCCGUUUCAUGGACGCAGAGCAACAGAUUUCAUCUCGUCCCACAUUCUGUUGCUCGGUCCACUCCAAUAUGAUGACAAAUAUUAUACAGACAUUACAAACAUAAACAUACUUAAAUCAGUACAUUCAGUAAAUCUAUUAAUGGUACUGGAAACCCAAGAGUGAAUAGGCAUUUAUUAAUGACUAACAAUUAGAGAGGUGUAUUCUACAAAAGAUAUCUCGGCUAGAAUUAAACGUAUUAAUAUUAAAUAAGAAUACAUUGCACAAAUGAUAAAUCUCGAAUUAUUUAAAAAACAUGCACAUGCAAACUUCAGUCCCACACACUUGUUUGAAAAAUAGUCUUCUUUUUUUUCAUUUUUUACAUACGAAGAAAAAUAUUUCGAAAUCAUUCCUGGACUUGGCAGUAACUGGAGAUGGCUAACUAGAGCUCACAGUUUCAUACAGUAUGGGCCUGAUUCACAAACACAUUUCGACCAUGUAAAAGGUUUGUACGUGCAAUUCAGUGUAAUGGUCAAUGACUGAAGUUAGUCACUUUUUUUUUUUUGCCACUGUUUUGCAUCUAUCAAACACCUCAGUAAAAAGGCCCUACGACAGUGUGCGAGUCAGUCUAUGUUAUGUGAAAAACAGCUGUUUGUGAUGGAACAAGUGUUAUAAGUUUCCUAUAAAUGCAAAUCAAAACAUUCAUGCUGUAUUGCAAGACACGCAAAGAUUCUAAACAAAGUUGAAGCACACGUAUGCUCGUAACAGGUUAGUUUACUAUAUACCGAUAACAUCUUGAAUAACAAAACACAAAUAAAAUGGCUUGUAAGGGCAUACUAAUUAUGUACCAACUUUUGAAUAAUAUUCUAUGUAGUCAUCAAUAUUUUCUUCAUAGAGUAGCUUCUGUUGCAUAUUUUAUACAAAGAAAAAGAAUUAAAUUGUUAAAAAAAAAAAGAACAAAAUCCUUCCAUAAAUAUUUCUGUAGGAUAUAACCAAAGAUUAUUGUAAAACAUCAAAGGAAGAAAAAAAAAAAGAAAA